CAUUCUACUUCAUCUCACAGCAACUAAUAAAUUCAUGGAUCUUAAAAGAACCCAACUUCUACUUUUGUUCUUUGCUUUUCUGUGUGCUCCAGUGAGAAAACUCAAUGGAGAUUCAAUCCCAGGCUGCAUACCCAACGAAAGGAAUGCUCUUCUUGCCUUCAAAGAAGGCCUCAAAGAUCCCUCCAACAGGCUAUCUUCUUGGGUGGGCGAUGACUGCUGCACAUGGAAAGGUGUGGCUUGUGACAACCAAACGGGCCAUGUUGUCAAGCUAGACCUCCGCAACCCACACCAAUUGUCAUACUUCAACCAUCCUCCAAAAAAGUGGUGCUUGGGAGGUGAGUUGAGGCCUGCCUUACUUGGUUUGAAACACCUGAAUUAUCUUGACCUGAGCAUGAACGACUUUGGAGGAAUUAGUAUCCCAGAAUUCAUGGGCUCAUUCCGUCAGCUCAAAUAUCUCAACCUCUCCUGGGCUUAUAUGGGUGGAUUGAUCCCACAUCAGCUUGGGAAUCUAUCGAGCCUCCAAAAUCUCGAUCUCAGUCAUUAUUAUUAUUAUUAUGGUAACAAUUUUGAAGUUCCACCUGAAUUUCUCAUCAUUGAUAAUGCCAUCUGGAUUUCUCGACUUUCUUCUCUGCGAUAUCUCAAUAUGACGGAAGUGCAAUUCAGAGAAGGUGCUCAUUGGCUGCAAGCACUAAACAUGCUCCCUUCUAUUGUGGAGGUACGCUUACAAGGCUGUGGCAUCAACACCAUUCCGCUCUCUCUUCCACAUGUGAAUUUUACUUCACUUUCUGUUCUUGAUCUUUCUUGGAAUUCUAUUAAUUCAACGAUACCUGGUUGGUUGUUCAACAUAAGCAGCCUUGAGUACUUUGAUCUUAGCUAUAAUUUCUUUCGGGGCAUCAUUCUGCCUGCAAUUAAGAAUCUAGCUUCACUCAAGGCCCUUCAUCUAUCUGGUAAUCAGUUUCUUGAAGGCAAAAUUCUGAUUUUACUUGAGGGUUUGUGCAAGCUACAGUCUUUGAGAUUGUCAGGCAUUAAUAUCAGCAAAAAUUUGCAUGAAUUUGAUGAAAUGUUUAGUGGAUGCAUCAAAAAUAGCUUAGAGACUCUAGAGCUGGAGGACACCCAGCUUAGCGGUUAUUUGCCGGACUGGUUGGGAGACUUCAGAAAGCUCAAAUAUCUCGAUUUGAGUGGCAACUCAAUUUCUGGUCCUAUUCCUGAAUCACUUGGAAGGUUGUCAGCACUUCAAGAAUUAUAUCUUUUCGACAAUAAGUUGAAUGAGACUUUCCCAAAAAGUCUUGGAAGACUUGCGGAGUUAAUUGAGUUAUCCCUCGAAGGGAACUUUUUGAAGGGUGUCAUGUCUGAAGAGCAAUUUGCCAAUUUCACCAAACUGAAAAUUCUAGAUUUAUCACAAAAUCAAUUAAUUCUGAAUCUGACGUCUGAUUGGAUUCCCCCUUUUCAGCUUCAGGGAUUAGUUAUUAGUUCUUGCAAGCUGGGACCACGAUUCCCAGCAUGGCUCCGGAUGCUAAAAAACAUUACCUAUUUAGACAUAUCUAGCACAGGAAUUUCAGACACUAUACCAGAUUGGUUUUGGAGAUCAUUUUCCCAAAUAUGGUACUUAGAUAUCUCCAGCAAUGGAAUCACUGGCCGUGUACCUGACCUUACAGACUUCAUCAACCUUCACAAUUUUAAUUUGAGUUCUAACCACUUUGAGGGACCUUUGCCAAAUUUUAAUUCUUUAAUAUUGUCCCUACUAGACCUAUCGAACAAUUCAUUUUCAAGAGCGGUUCAUCUUGACAUUGGCAAAAGUAUGCCUAAUUUGAAAUAUCUCUCUCUUUCCAUAAAUAAUUUAAGUGGUGAAAUUUCCUUGUCUCUUUGUCAUCUUCGAUAUGGCGCUCUUGAUCUUUCAAAAAAUCUAUUGUCGGGUGAGCUCCCUGAUUGUUGGAACCACUCUUCCCUUAUCAUUGUUAUGGAUUUUUCAAACAAUAGUCUAUCUGGAAGUAUUCCUCCAUCAAUCUGUUCAUUACCUUUUCUUGAGUCAUUGCAUUUGAGUAAUAAUAAUCUUUCAGGAGAACUUCCUUCAUCCUUGAAGAGUUGUGCGAGAUUAAAUACUCUUGAUCUCGGACAGAAUGGAUUCAUUGGUACAAUACCUACUUGGAUAGGAGAAAGUUUGUUGUCUUUGAAGAUCCUUUGCUUACGAUCAAACAAGCUUGUUGGAAAUAUUCCUCAUAAUCUAUCAAGACUAAAGGCUCUUCAAAUUCUGGAUCUGGCCAGUAACAAUUUAUCAGGAACCAUCCCUUCUAGCUUUGGAAACUUUACUGCCAUGAAAGUGUCGGGAGAGAUGAAUGGAACUAUUUUAAAAAAUAAUACUUAUUACAAUGAAAACAUGCAAGUGACCAUAAAAGGAAUAUACAUUGAGUAUGCCAUAUUGCUUCCACUUGUGAUCGUUAUGGACCUUUCAAAUAAUAACUUAUCUGGAAUGAUACCAGAAGAGCUGACCAGCCUUUUUGGACUCGUGAUCUUAAAUUUGUCUGAAAAUCAUCUAACAGGAGAUAUCACAGAAAAGAUUAGUAUAUUGCAACAGUUGGAGUCACUUGACUUGUCAAGAAAUAAUUUUUUCGGUGGAAUUCCUUCAAGCAUCAUUGGUCUAACUUUUUUGACUUACUUGAACUUGUCAUAUAACAAUCUAUCAGGAAGAGUUCCAACAGGUAAUCAGCUUCAAACCUUCAUUGACCCGUCUAUUUAUAUUGGUAAUCCUAAUCUUUGUGGGUUCCCAUUAAGUCAAAAGUGCAAAGAUGACAAGACAAACCAAGGUCUAAAUGCAGUUGGAGGGGAUGAACAAAAUGAUAACACCAUGGAUAAAGAAGGAUCUGAAAUGAAGUGGUUGUAUAUGAGCAUGGGGCCAGGAUUCGCAGUAGGUUUCUGGAUUGUCUUUGGCCCACUAUUAUUCAAUAGAGAAUGGAGAGAAGCCUAUUUUCAACAUAUAGAUCAAGUAUUCAAUAUGGUUUACAUGGUCCUAGCAAUAAUUUCACCAACAUUACAAUGUGACAGUUUGUGACCUUAAAUUGUAUUUGUAAUUUUUUUCCUUUUUUUUUAGAAGUGAUUGUAGAAAUAUUCAGAAUGGAUUAUCUAUACUCAAGCUCUACUUUUACACAUGGAAA